AUGUGGGAAGAUGACAUGAUUGUAUCCAAUUCCAAUUUUGAUACUAAUCUUGGAAUUCCUUUUGGUUCUGUGCUCAAUGACAUUGUUCGUUUUAGCUAUGCUGCGCAUCUUGUGCUUGUAUUUCCUGUAGUUUUCUAUGGAUUAAGGGUCAACAUAGAUGGUCUGAUAUUUACCUCAUCAAGAAGGCCGUUGGUUGCCGAUAACUUCAGAUUUGCAUCAAUUACUAUCGGUCUUGUUGUCUCUAUCUUCCUAGGAGCAAAUUUCAUACCUAGCAUUUGGGAUAUUUUCCAGUUCACUGGAGCAACAGCUGCUGCUUGUGUAGGAUUCAUAUGUCCAGCUGCAAUCACUCUUAGGGAUAAAUACAACAUAGCAACUAAAACAGACAGGAUUCUGGCUGUCCUUAUGAUAAUCCUUGCAGUCUUGUCAAAUGCUGUGGCUAUAUACAGUGAUGUCAUUGCCUUGACCAAGAAGAAUAAAACUUAA